AAAAUGGUUGUCAAUUGACAGUAAUCAUUUUUUAUCUAUGGCCUAAAACGUCAAACUUAAAGAAAUAAGCAUUGAAAACGCGCGAUUAAUGCUGUAAAGGAAUUAAAUACUUGUAUUGAAUUGUUUUUACCAAUCAGAUAUAAAUCUUAAUAAUAAUGGCGACUACAUCGAAGCCACGCUCAGAAAUGACUCUAGAAGAGCUAGCUAAGAUAGAAGAGGAAGAAUUCAGCACAGGUCCGCUUUCGGUACUCACACAGUCCGUCAAAAAUAAUACACAAGUGUUAAUAAAUUGUCGUAACAAUAAAAAGUUAUUGGGUCGUGUAAAAGCCUUUGACCGGCAUUGCAACAUGGUGUUAGAAAAUGUUAAAGAAAUGUGGACCGAAGUUCCAAGGACGGGGAAAGGCAAAAAGGGUAAAGCUGUGAACAAAGACAAGUUCAUAUCAAAGAUGUUCCUCCGAGGCGAUUCAGUUAUCUUAGUCCUCAGGAAUCCUCUAGCUACCGCUGCAGGAAAGUAAAUGCUAAGUUAGGUCUAGUUUAAUGUCUAAUAAACUGCUGUUUUAUAACAAGUGACAAGUGUGUAUGUUUAAAGGAAAGUCCUAUGAUUUUACGUCUUUUAUGUUGUGUCUAUCUACUUAUACGCUUGUCAGCUAAGAAAUAUAAAUAAAUAAUUUUUACUAUC